CUCUCUCUCCCUUGCUCUCUCGUUCUCUUGCGCCCUCACUCCCUCGCUCUUGGUGCACAAAAGCAGAUUUCUGCACUUGACAGAAACAGACCCUUGUCUUCUGCGGCGUCACCCCGGCCCGUCUCCUGCUCGUUCUCCGACUCGCGGCCCGCGGGGAUCAGUGAGGAUUGGCCGAGAGUCGACGCCACUGUGGCACAGAGGACAAGACAGAGAGAACAACCGCCAAUCCGCAGUCACUAGCUCAGCCAGACUAAGCACACCACAAGGGGGCAGUGUCGGCCAGCGCAGGGGUGAGGCACACCUGGAACCCUUGCACGCAGGCCGGUCAGACAAUCCUGGAUCCCACCACCACCUGCGACACGUCUCGUCCAGCUUUCAAACCCGACUCCUGCACCAGCACCGAGGAUCCGAGCCGGACGCCGAGAUGAGUGACACUACGUCCGAGGAGAGAUCCAGCACCACCACCGUCCUACUGCUCUUCGUCUUCUUGCUCCUCUUGGCCGUUCUGCUCGUCUUCUUCUACCGCCGGCUGAACCGAGCCACGGACGGGGCCUACGCCCUGAGCAAGCUCGGCCCGUGGCUGGGAGGCCAGGCGGAGAGGGCGAGCUCAGGCCUGCGGGCCCUGGAGGGCCGCGUGGGGCUCGGCCGGGGGGGGAGAGAGGGGGGCUUGGGGGACGAAGAGGCAGAAGAGGAGGGCGGCGAGGAGGAGGAGGAGGAGGAGGAGGAGGACCGAGAGAAGGACGUCGAAGCCUGCGCCUCCAGGCCGCGAGUGAAGUCGGACAGCGAGGACUCGGAGGAUGACUACUCCAGUAUGGAAGGCUGCAACCUCAGGGACAGGGCCAAGCUGGACGAGGAAGAGGAGGAGGAGCAAGAGAAGGAGAGGGAGGGGGAGCAGGCGGGGGAGAAGGGAGGGCUCCUGGUGGACCUGGGGCACUUUGCCGGCAGCGCCUCCUGGGCAGCAGACGAGUCACUUGUGCAGGGGAAGGAGGACAUGACUGUGCUGUAAGAGGGGGGGGGGACAGUGGGAUACAUUUUGGGGGAGCAAGAGCGAGGACAGGGUGGGGAAAAAAAUACAGGCACCCCACCCUCCUCAAACCAGGCUCUGCACUCGGGGUGUCCCCGCAAAGCCAACUGCAGCUGAAAGCACCGCCAGCGGACCACAGCGCUUUUUAAAAAAAAACAUCCAAUCCGACUUGUAAAAAUACUUAAAACGGCAAUGUACUUUUUUAGCAGUUUUUUUAAUGUUGUGGAAAGUGCCUCUUCCGGUACAAAUAAAUCCUGUCUUUCAUACA